UUGAAAACGCGCCAAGUUUCAAAACCGCGAAUUCGAAGAAGAAAAAAAAAACCCUAGUUUCCUUCCCCUAAAUGCCUGAGCGAGUGCGUGAGUCUAUCCUCAGAUCGCCAAUUCUUUCGAUUUCUCUUCUUCAAUUCUUCAGUUACAGACAAACACUAAUCCCUAAAGUUUCAAUUUUCGUGAUUCAUUUAGUGCUCGCUCAUCUGCAUUAGCACCGAGAGCUCUGUGUUCGUUGAAUCCCUCGCAGCUUUGAAGAAGUUGUGCCACCAAGGUUAAAGCUCAUUAACUCUUUCGAUGAGUUAAAAGAAAGUGUAGAAGCUGGAGGAUAGGAUGGCCAAGUACUAUGAUAUUGAUGAUAUUAUAAUGGAGGAAGAGGCUGUGUUAAGUAUAUUUAAGAAGGCUGCAUCUGGAGUGGGAAUAGAUCCCAGUUCUGAAAUUGACUUUAUUGAAACAGGUUCAAAAGUUGAACUGCCUUUUUGGCUUGCUCAUGAGUUAAAGUUGAGACAAGCAGUAUCAGUCAAUGUUCCCUCUUGUUUCAAUGAAAAAACAAGGUCAGAGAUCCAAGCUGAUUCUGCGGGUGUGGAUCUGAGGUCCAGAUGUCCAUUUUUUUAUGAAUUUGGUUGCAAGAUAGCACCCAUAGUUGACGACCGAAAAAUUGGGAUUCUGUUGCUGUCUGCAUUUAAGAGUAGGUACAAGGAAAUUCUCACCAAGGCCCAUACUGUAGCAUUUGCAGCUGGUUCCAAAUUUUGGACUAUUCUGACGAAAGAAGAGAUCAACUUGUAUGAGACAGCUCGAUCCGCAAUGGCGUCCUUCAAGAAGUGGCGAAUGGGCGGGCCAAGAUUUCAGAUAGCAUCUGUUCUAGGAAAAAAGAGAAAAUCUACUGCAUAGUUGUUUUCUAACCUUAUUAGACAUCUGUUUAUGUUAAUCGUUUGGACCUGCAAAUUAUAGGAUGUUUAGAAGAAUGGACAAAAUGUGAAAUUUCUGAUGCUGAUCAUGUAGACUUCAAUACAAUAAUACGUUGUAAUUUUCAACUAUUGUUACAGACAAAAGAAAAACGGACGCUGAAAAUAUACAAGAAGUUAAUUUAUUGAUCA